AUGGCCGACGGGAGCCUUGCAGGAUUUGCAACGCUUGAAGAGCUGAUGGAGGAGUACAUCCCGCCUGAGAAGCUGCAGCAGGCUCGUCGUGUCUUAUACGGAGUAAAUAUGGGCCAGCUUGUGACGGGGAUGGCGUUGGAUCUGGCGUUAUGCGAGCGUGCAAAGUUGAUGGACUUUGACCUCCGCAGCGCAGUCUUUCGGGCAGCGCCGGAGCAGUUAAGGCCAGCUCGCAUUGUUAGGAUCGGUCUGAUUCAAAAUAAAAUUGUGCUGUCAACGGAUGCUCCGUUCGCGGAGCAAGCCCAGGCUAUCCGAGAUCGGGUAGGGCAGAUGCUGGAAACUGCAGGACAAGCUGGUGUCAAGGUCGUGUGCCUACAGGAAGCCUGGCACAUGCCAUUUGCCUUCUGUACCCGGGAGAAGCGCUACUGCGAGUUCGCCGAGUCGGCGGAGACGGGGGAAUCCGUGGCCUUCUGCCAAGCAGCAGCAAGGAGAUGGGGCAUGGUGGUGAUCUGCCCCAUUUUGGAGCGCGACGCAGCCCACAGCGACACGAUUUGGAACACGGCGGUCGUGAUUGGCCACAACGGGAAUAUCAUUGGCAAGCACCGAAAGAACCACAUUCCCCGUGUGGGCGACUUCAACGAGUCCACCUAUUACAUGGAGGGCAACACCGGGCACCCCGUGUUCGAGACGGCGUUCGGGCGCAUCGCAGUCAACAUCUGCUACGGCCGACAUCACCCCAUGAACUGGCAGGCGUUCGGCAUGAACGGCGCGGAGCUGGUGUUCAACCCCGCCGCCACCGUGGGCGACCUGAGCGAGCCGCUGUGGCCCGUGGAGGCCCGUAACGCCGCCAUCGCCAACAGCUACUUCGUGGCGGCCAUCAACCGGGUCGGCACGGAGGUCUUCCCCAACGAGUUCACGUCGGGAGACGGCAAGCCGGCGCACAAGGAGUUCGGUCCCUUCUACGGCAGCAGCUAUGUGGCCGCACCUGACGGCAGUCGCAGCGCCUCCCUGGCUCGCCACAAGGACGGCCUCCUGGUCGCGGACAUUGACCUCAACCUCUGUCGCCAGACCAAGGACAAGUGGGGGUUUCAGAUGACCGCGCGUUACGAGAUGUACGCAGAGUUCUUCAACCGCUUCGUGCAGCCGGACUUCAAGCCCCAGAUCGUCCGCGACCCCUCGCUGUGA